UGUCAUGGGCUUGAUGGAUAUCGAUAUGUCCGACACUCUUUGCCAUCUCUAAAGCACGUCAGACUUUGUAUACAAAUUGUUUAAAUAUCAUAAGAAGUUGCAGAAGACCACCAAUUCUGGGCGGAUUAUGAGGCAGCAUAAUGGUGUACAUCGACCAUAAUGGCCGCGUGUGGGAGAAACGACCCUGGGAUUGGAGACGAGUAGUUGAAUUGUUUUUUGGGAUAUGGUUCGCUAUCAAGCAAUUGUUUGCAAGCUUCCUUGCCCCUUUCAAUAGCAACGACAACUCCAAUUCUCAACGCAGAAAUAAUUGGGACAGGUGGGGUGGUGGUGGAGGCGGAGGCGGAGGUGGAGGUGGAGGUGGCGGAGGUGGAUACGCCGGAGGCAACGGAGGACUAAGACCAAACCGGCGAAUAGGACGAAUUCAGACAAUGACCUGCAAUGCACCUGCUGCGGGCGGGUGAGGAUAGUAGCGAUGUCCAGUCCCACUUAUUGGGCGGAUGUCGCGCCAAUCCAAAGACGAUCUUGUUAAACUGCAUCACUAUUGACCCGGACAUCGCGUUCCAUUUCGUCCCUGUGGCGUUUAUGACGCAGUGUUCCUAAACUCUAACCUGAGCGGAGUACUGCCGAACAAUGGAUCCUUGAUUUCUGGGUUGCAGUUGCUAGGUCGUUUACCUUUUAACCACCUUGCGUGGUUAAAUCUCAAAUUUUUAUAUCGGAUAUUUACUUUUUUUAUUGGUUUUGUACAAUAUUAGCAUGAAUUUAAAUGUACCUUUGCAAUAGCCUAUAAAUGUUUAAAGUUUAUAAAAAUAAAAUUAUGUUAAAACUUUUGAAA